GCAUAUGAUAAACAAGGAGGACGCGUUUAGGUUAUGCUGUGAAAUGAAGAAAUGAAAAUCUUCCAAUUGAACAGUAUCAUAUUAGCCUCGCACAAGCAUGCACUUCCACAAUGCAACUCGCCAAUCUCAGCAGGAACCCGCCAAUUCUUCUCAAACCCUCUUCUGUACCUCUUACAUUCCUCUCCACCCACCAUCGACCAUACCACGAAGUAUUAUUACCUCAAGAACAAUACCAGCAACUGCAACAAGAACAAGAACAGCCCAUCUCCAUUACUAACAGCUCUUACUGGACCAAAAAAAUCCACCUCCUCUGUACUCAACAACGAAAAGUCGACGAAGCGCUUACCCUUCUCGACCAUCUACGUCUCAGCGGCUACCGCCCUGAUUCUCUCAAUUUCAGCAGCAUAAUUCACGCUCUUUGUGAUGCCAAGCGCUUUAAAGAAGCGCACCACCGGUUUCUUCUUUGUAUUGCCUCGGAUUGCGUACCUGAUGAGCGGACUUGUAAUGUACUCAUUGCUCGCUUGCUUGAUUCUCAAUACCCGCAUGCCACUUUGCAUGUUUUGUAUCGUUUGUUUCAUGUUAAGCCACAAUUUGUGCCUUCUUUGAUUAAUUACAACCGUUUUAUUUAUCAGUGUUGUGAGUUUUCGCAGCCGGAUGUAGCGCACAGGCUGUUGUUUGAUAUGAUUAGUAGAGGGCAUUGUCCAAAUGUUGUUACUUUUACUAGUUUGCUGACUGGAUAUUGCCGAGUUGGUGAAGUGGGUAAUGCAUAUAAACUAUUUGAUGAAAUGCGUGAAUGUAGUGUUGUACCUAAUUCUCUCACUUAUAGUGUGUUGAUUCGUGGGCUUUUGAGGCAGGGGGAUUUUGAACAUGGAAGGGAAUUGAUGUGCAAUCUUUGGGAGACAAUGAAAGAUGAAGAGAAAAAUCAAUCUGUGAAUGCUGCUGCUUUUGUAAAUGUGAUUGAUUCUUUAUGUAGAGAAGGGUUUCUCAAUGAUGUUUUUAAAAUUGCGGAAGAUAUGCCGCAAGGAAAGAGUGUUAAUCAGGAAUUUGCUUAUGCUCACAUGAUUGAUUCACUUUGUAGAGCUGGAAAGAACCAUGGUGCUUCAAGAAUUGUUUAUAUGAUGAAAAAGAAAGGGCUUACUCCAAGUUUAGUUUCAUAUAAUUCUAUUAUACAUGGACUCUGUAAGGAGAGGGGUUGCAUGAGGGCUUAUCAGUUGUUUGAGGAAGGGAUUGAAUUUGGUUACUUGCCAUCUGAGUAUACUUAUAAGGUUUUAGUGGAAGCUCUUUGCCAAGAAAUGGAUCUUGACAAGGCAAGGAGAAUUGUAGAGGCAAUGUUGAAUAAGGACGGGGUGGAUAGAACUAGAAUAUACAAUAUAUAUUUGAGAGCACUUUGUUUAACUAAUAGUGCAACUGAGCUUUUAAAUGUGCUUGUCUCUAUGCUCCAAACUGAGUGUCAGCCUGAUGUGAUCACUCUCAACACGGUUGUUAAUGGGUUUUGCAAGAUGCAUAGGAUUGAAGAAGCUUUGACAAUCCUAACUGACAUGACAAUGGGAAAAUUUUGUGCGCCUGAUGCUGUGACCUUCACUACCAUCAUAGCUGGUUUAUUAAAUGCUGGGAGAAGUCAAGAAGCUCUUAAUUUAUUGUAUAAAGUAAUGCAUGAAAAAGGUAUUAGUCCUGGUGUUGAAACAUAUAAUGCGGUUAUUCAUGGUUUAUUUAAACUUCAGUUAGCAGAGGAGGCAAUGAGGGCUUUUAAGAGAAUGUUAGCUGCAGGUGUGGCUGCUGACAGUAAAACUUACACCUUAAUUAUUGACGGAUUAUGCGAAUCUGGCCUAAUUGACAAGGCUAAGAAAUUAUGGGAUGAUGUCAUAUGGCCUUCGAGAAUUCAUGAUGAUUUUGUUUAUGCUUCCAUUCUCAAAGGGCUUUGUCGCGCAGGUAAGUUGGAUGAAGCUUGCCAUUUCUUGUAUGAACUAGUAGAUUCUGGAGUUAGUCCAAAUAUCAUCAGUUACAAUAUUGUGAUUGACAGCGCCUGCAAGUUAGGUAUGAAGAGAGAAGCCUACCAAGUUGUAACAGAAAUGCGAAAAAAUGGUCUCACCCCUGACGCUGUAACUUGGCGGAUCCUUGACAAAUUACAUGCCACUUUCAAGAGAUGAUUUUAGUGUGAGGGUUCAACCUUGCAAUCCUCAAGAAGGCCUAUGAGAGAUUCAAAGCAUAGAAAAUUCACAUACAUGAAGUGAUUUUAUGUAAAGGAGCAAUUUCAAAGGAAAGAAUUGUAGUCAUUCUUGUUAGGCACUAUACACAAGAAGAAUGGAUAUUAUAUUCACCUCAAGUCAAAUCAGAUGAAGAAGUAGGGAAGCUCAUUUGCAACCAUGAGGAGUAAAGGGGCUGCUGAGUGCAUCAGUGCCUGUGCUUGGUAAAAGGUUCCAUUCAGCAGGCAAAGAGAGGUAUUGCAGAGAAAUGUUAAUUUUUAUGCAGUAGAUAAGUAUAAUUCAGAGGAAACCUUUUACAUUUUGGGGACUGGAAGGGAAAAAAGAAAAAAAGAAGAAGAAUGAAAGUAAAAGGAAAUUGCUAAGAUAUUUAUUGGACAUAAAUGAAGUGGCAAUAAACUUAUAUAAAAAGAACUGAGCAAUGACUAAGAAGGGACUUGCAUGCUUUCUGGAUUUUGUUCUAUUUGCUUGAUGGUCUUUGUAAUUUCAUUUUUGGCUGAAAAAGUUAUUCACAGAAUUUGUGUUUCA